CGGACUUGUUUUCAUCACGCCCCCGAGAGAGACGGUCGCCUUGUGAGACGAGAAAAUGGACUCUCCCGCCAGCCUGAUCAAUACGGGGCUAUUCGACACGCCCACCGUGCUGCGGGUUAGGUCUCAGGCCGGGACCCCCGUCACCAUCCCGUCCUCCCCUUUCAUGAAGAGGUUGGGCUGUGGGACCGGCGUAAACGUUUACCUCCUCAAUAGAGGAGGUAAGCUGAACAUGUCACCCUGGGCUGUGAAGAAGAUCAACAGUAGAUGUGCUGCAAAGCAGCUGGGCGUUUACCAAGCGCGACUCAACGAGGAGGCAAAGAUCCUGAAGGAACUAAAGCAUCCAAACAUCGUUGGUUUCCGCGCCUUCACAAAAGCAACAGAUGGCUCCAACUGCCUUGCCAUGGAGUAUGGGGGAGAGCAGUCCCUCAAUGACUUGAUUGAGAAGAGGAGGGAAAAUGGCCUCAAGGCUUUUCCGCCUGCCGUCGUAGAGACUGUGGCAUUGCACAUGGCCCGAGGCCUGCAGUACCUUCAUGAGAAGAAGCUGCUCCACGGUGACAUAAAAUCAUGUAAUGUGGUCAUCAAGGGCAACUUUGAGACUGUCAAGAUUUGUGACGUAGGAGUUUCUCUCCAACUGGAUGAGAAUAUGAGAGUGGAAGAACCCAACGCAGAGUACAUUGGCACAGAGCCAUGGAAGCCAAAGGAGGCUUUGGAGGAGGGAGGGGAGAUCACAGACAAGGCUGACAUCUUCGCUUAUGGUCUGACUCUAUGGGAGAUGAUGACCUUGGCCAUGCCUCAUCUGGAGAUGUUAGAGAAUGAGUUUGAGGAGGAAGGUGACUCCAUGGUGGAGAGUUUUGAUGAGGACGCCUACUAUGACAGGCUGGGGACACGGCCGAUGCUGGACACCGACGCUCUGGGCUCAGGAUACCAGAAGAUAGUGGAGCUUUUCUAUUUGUGUACCGAGGAGGACCCUAGAAAGCGUCCCUCUGCCACCCAGAUUGUCCAAGCUUUGGAGAGUAACGUCCCAGUAGAGUCACCAGAGGUCAUUGUUAUUGACUGAUCGAGACAAGGUUCUGCAGCAAGUUUGUUCAGCUGAUUUUUGUUUUUGUUUUCUCGCUCCACCGACUGACCUGGAGAAAGACGUAGCCCAAAGUUGCUCUUAGUUUCAAGCCUUAUUUUGUAUUUAUCGUUCUAAGCCCAUACUUAAAAAUGUUUAAAGAGGCUAUCGUUGUCAAGUUAGGUGAAUAACCAUUUGUUUAGUAGUGAAAUUACAAGUUGUCGAUGCUCACCAGUUUUUACAUUCAAUUUCUGUAGUUCUGACUUAAGAGGAUAGCCCUCAGGCUCCGUUUCCAUUGAGACGUUCAACUUAACUAUGCUAACCAAGAACUUGGAGGCUACGUGAAUGCUUGCGAGAAACCUUGCUGGUUUACUUUGCUACUCAUAUUUCAUCACAUCUUUUACUGUUGCUAUCCUCUGUGUA